AUGUCAAGGAUCGCCACCAUUGCCAAUGACCUCCGCAACGGUCUGGGAGCCAUCAAGUUGCGCUCGGAUGUCAAGAAGGUCACCUUGGUCUUUUCUGGAAAGUCCGACAACUCUGGCGCCAGAUACUUUGUUCGCGAGAACAUGCCUCGCCUUCAGUACAACAACCCCACCAUCAAGUUUGACGUCCAAAAGGUCAAGGAAGCCGGCGUCAGCCCAGAGUUGACCAUCGAGUUUGCCAACAAUGAUAUCAAGAAGAUCUCGUGCUCCAGGAUACAAUCCGCCGAGAUUUGCAAACAGUUCUUGGUCGCCACCACCGAAGGCUCUGUCGCGUCAGCAUAA